AUGGAGAAACAUGAAGAUGUUCAAUACUGUUUUCAAGACGGAAACUCUUCUUGCAGAAAGGCUUUUCUAUCGACAUCUAUCUACAUAACACUGUACAUCUUCUUCUCAUUGAUUUCAGCAGUUACAGUAUUUUUGAACCUACUGGUGAUCAUCUCCAUCUCUCACUUCAAGCAGCUCCACACUCCAACCAACCUGCUCAUCCUCUCUCUGGCUGUGUCAGAUCUCCUGGUGGGACUGAUUGUGAUACCAGUAAUGACUGUAGCAAUAAUGGAAUCAUGCUGGGGUUUUGGAGAAUAUUUCUGUGUGUUUCAUUUCUACGUUACUUUUUUAUGUACUACUUUAUCUCUGGGUAAUUUGGUCUUGAUAUCUAUUGACCGCUAUGUUGCUGUGUGUGAUCCCUUAUUGUACCACUCUAAAAUAACAAUAACAGGAACUAUCUGUUGUAUAUCCAUUACCUGGUCUUGUUGUAUCAUAUACGAUGCUGUUAUUAUACAAAACUUUGUAAAUGUACAGGCACCCAGUGAUAAUUUAAUAUCAUAUUUCACCAGUUACCUGGCACUUUUUAAUUCCUUAAUUAAUCCAAUAAUUUAUGCUUUCUUUUAUCCAUGGUUCAAGGUGACAACUAAACUUAUUUUAACUUUGAAGAUAAGAAAUUUAUAG